GCAAGCCUCGUUUUCUCUCUCGUUCUCGUUAUCCCCUCUCCGCGCCUGCGGUGUUGUGACUGAAGAUGCGGAGAGCUCCAUUAACACUUGGCCCAAAAAGGAAAUAGCGAGGCUCAAGGUCUCUAUCGAAAUUUUGAGAUGCUGGAGUAGCAGGAGAAGGAGAUGGGGGGAGGGUUAGGAUGCCCGGGAUCAGGAGUAUGAGAGAGUCGGGAUUCGAUCGGUCAGGAUGGGAUGCCACGAUGCCACGACGGAGCAAGCCGAAGGAGAGUCACUGGGAUAUGGUGAAGUAUGGAGGGCAGUCGUCGGAGUCGGGACUAGAGGGCGGGGAAGAACGCGGAGCCGCCCCAGGGGGAAUGAACACUACACAGAUGGAGGAAGGCUCCAAAGUGGAUGAGGGUAAAGCUGUGCCCUCCCCAAGUGGGGGGACUGGGGGGGGUCUCCCCCCUACCAAUGACGGCGGCGCCACCCGUCCUCUCCCCUUGAUUGCGACUGCCUUUCAGAACCUGGCCCCCCUUUUGCGCGCCGGGAGUAAGUCUCUUCCAGUGAGAGAUUUCGCAGGCGCAUGCGCCGAGGUCUCCGUUCUCUUCGGCCAUCUUGGCAUGGCAUUCAAGUUUGCGGAAAAGGAUUACGUCUCCAAGGUCCAGAGCUUGAAACUGGCAGCUGCAGAGUUUGAUGCCCUUCCGUCGCUGUUGGAUCACGAUGUCGAUCGGGACACAGUGCGGGAUCCCGGCAGCCAUACACGCAACCUGCUACGUGUCAAGCGAGGGUUGGAAAUGGUGGAGUACCUGUUCCAAUACAUCUUGGAAGACAAUGCCGCCUCGUUAGCAGACGCUGCCAGCCAUGCGUACAAGCGCGCUCUGGCUCCGUACCAUAGCUGGGCUAUUAAGAAGGCCGUAUGGCUUGGCAUGCAUACUCUACCUUCUCGCUCCAAGUUCCUCCAGAAGAUUCACGAAGACCAAGACUCCUGGAAACCUGCCACGUCACAGUGCAAGAUCAGCAGUGCCACGUCACAGUGCCACAUCCGCAGUGCCACGUCACAGUGCCAGAUCAGCAGUGCCACGUCAGCAGUGCCAGGUCACAUUGCCACGUCAGACAUAGUGCCACGACAGCAGUGCCACGUCAGACAUAGUGCCAUGUCAGGAGUGACGUCCGACACAGUGCCAUGUCAGCAGUGCCACGUCAGCAGUACCACGUCAGACAGUGCCGCAUCAGCAGUGCCACAUCAGCAGUGCCACGUAAGCAGCAGUGCCACACGCAGAUUCCAGGCUCGCCGCAAGGAAGCCCAGGAUCUGCUACAGCGGCAUGAAGCCACAAGCAUCGACAAACUCAAGUUCUGGCUUUUUGAACCGAACGGCGACGAGGCAACACCGGAAGAGCAGUAUAAGGAGUUCCUCUCCAAACUCGUGACACGGUUGCUGUAUGCUUGCAACUACCAGCGGUCAGAGUUGGAGAGACAGCACCAGGACCUGGCGCAACAGCAUCAGGAGUUGGCGACGCUCCGCCGCACAGUGCAGGGCCAUGAGGAUGCAACUCGGGCACUCAAUGCCCAAUUGCUAAACCUGGAACAGACUGUACCAGGACCAGCUGCUGGGGCUUCCAGCAGUGCACCCUCUAGCCGCCAACUGGAGGACCGCGUUGACCACGUAGUGGCAAUGCUCGGCGACAUCAGCACUUUCGCUGCGCUGACCACCACCAUCAGCAGUCAACUGCAUACAUUGAAGACCGAGGUCCAGCAGCUGCAGACGACGAACGCAAAUGGCAAUCCGAAGAUGUAUAAGAUGCCAACGUUCACUCUGGAGAAGUUCGACGACUACACGCAGCAGGAUUCGGUCCUCUGGUGGGAAGCAUUCACAACGCAACUCGGGAUUCUGCCCGUAGACAAGGAUGCGUACAUCGGCGUCCUGUUCAUGAACUCGAAGGGCGGAUGCCAGACCUGGUUGACCCACCUGGCAACCUCCCACGGCGUCGACGUACCAGACUUGAAGGAUGUAAUCACAUGGGAGGAACUGACACGACUGUGGAAGAAGCGGUUCAUCGUCGACGACGCGCCAGCACUCGCCAUCAACCGACUCUUCACCAUGUCAAAGGGCAACACAGCAACAUGGGACUGGCUCACGGAGUGGCAGAAGAUUGCAGCUGUGCCCAAUCUGAACUUACCAUUCGAGCAUCUACGCCGUGAGUUCUACAACAGGUCCUGUGCUGCAUUGAGCCAGGCUCUUGGUGAUCGCGAGCAGUACUCAACCUUCGCGGAGAUCAUUGACAAAGCGAGGGAGAUCAUCAAGACCAACAGGUUAGCUGCACACGAGAAAUCAACAUCAUGGCAGCCGACCUAUGUGGAGAAGGUACGAACUGAAGACAUUGUCAGCGACCGCGACACUCGUUUCAUGUCGGUGUUUUGGACUGCUCUCAUGCAGGAGUCCGACACAACAAUGAAACCAAGUUCGGCUCGACAUCCUCAGACAGACGGGCAUACGGAGCGGGCACAUCAAACCGCUCAAAUGAUGCUUCGUACGCUCAUCCGUCCGGACCAGAAAGAUUGGGUUGACCGCCUCCCCGACAUCGAGUUUGCCUACAACACUUCGGUGCAUCCGGCGAUCGGCGUGACUCCAUUCGAGUUGCACCACGGUGGACGGAAAGGACGGAUCUUCGCCGACCUUCUCCUCCCUCGACCAGUUGACAUUGACGCUGCCUGCUCUCCCGCUUCCGUCCGGAAGUACAGGGAAUUGCUGACUCAAGCCCGCGCAAAUAUGCAAAAGUCUCAAGUCCGCAUGAAGCAGCAAGUCAACAGGCGUCGCGUACCAUGUCCCAUCCGCGCCGGUGAUCUGGUUUGGGUCUCCGCGGAAGAGUUUGCACUGGAACAGGAUGUUUCACGCAAACUGCUUCCCAAGUGGUUUGGACCUUGGUCUGUGACAGCAGCCGCGGGCGAUGAGCCCGAUGGCCCUUCAUUUGUGAUCAACAUUCCAGAGCAUCUGACGGUCCAUCCGGUCUUCCACGCCUCGAAGCUGGCAACAUACACGCCAGUCGAGAGCGACGACUUUCCGGACCGACGAUCGCAGGACCCUCCUUCUAUGGAUGGCCAUCAGGAAGGUGACCGCGUCAUCUCCGAUCGCAAGUACGGCAGCAAGCCGCAGCAGUACAAAGUCACAUUCAAAGCAUGCGAUCGCGACGACACUCGGUGGAUUUCAGGCGCAGAUUUGAAAGCAUCCGCACCGCUGAUCUACGCGCAUUAUGAAAAGCGCAGGUUAGCUCAGGAAGCUUCACGACCAGCCCCUCCCACCCGGAAUGUGGUCCCUCCCUCAGACAGACAGCUUCGCCCUCGCAGGUAAGCUCGGUUCUUCAAGGAGGGGGGGGUGUGGCAUACUGCGUAGCGUGGCCCUGCAGGGCCCGUCCCGGACAUUCAGCCUAAAAGCCUAAAACUUAG